GGUGAAUGGAGCUGGAGUCCCACCUAGGCGCGCUGUGUCCUGUGGGUGGAAGCUCGCUGACUGGGUUUCGGUGUUUCGCGCAAUGCUGCGGUGUGGAGACCGGACGCUGACACCGAGACACUUGAAUUAGCUUUAGCAGAAGAGAAAUGGAGGAACCAUAGAACAUUAAGGAUGAAUUCAGGAAGACCCGAGACCAUGGAGAACUUGCCUGCUCUCUACACUAUUUUCCAAGGAGAGGUUGCUAUGGUGACAGACUAUGGAGCCUUUAUCAAAAUCCCAGGCUGUCGGAAGCAAGGUCUGGUCCAUCGAACUCACAUGUCAUCCUGUCGCGUGGAUAAGCCCUCUGAGAUAGUAGAUGUCGGAGACAAAGUGUGGGUGAAGCUUAUUGGACGAGAGAUGAAAAAUGAUAGGAUAAAAGUAUCCCUCUCCAUGAAAGUUGUCAACCAAGGGACUGGGAAGGACCUUGACCCCAACAACGUUAUCAUUGAGCAAGAAGAGAGGCGGAGGCGGUCCUUCCAGGAUUACACUGGGCAGAAGAUCACCCUCGAGGCUGUCCUGAACACUACCUGCAAGAAGUGUGGCUGUAAAGGCCACUUUGCAAAGGAUUGUUUCAUGCAACCAGGUGGGACCAAGUACUCUCUGAUACCUGAUGAGGAAGAGGAGAAGGAAGAGGCAAAGUCAGCAGAGUUUGAAAAGCCUGACCCCACGAGAAAUUCUUCUAGAAAAAGAAAGAAGGAAAAGAAGAAAAAGAAACAUAGAGACAGGAAGUCAUCUGACUCUGACAGCUCAGACUCUGAGAGUGAUACAGGCAAGAGGGCAAGGCACACGUCAAAAGACAGCAAAGCAGCAAAGAAGAAGAAAAAGAAGAAGAAGCACAAGAAGAAGCACAAGGAGUGAGAGUGGAAAGAGUGGAGGGGUGGUGGAGAGAAGGAACCAGGAGCCUUGUGCCUUGAAGCGCUGGCUCCUGGAAAGACUCAGUAGUGAGAAUAUGGCCUUCCACCCCAUUGACUUCUCUCCCAUGGGAGAUGGCUUCCCCUCCUGCCACAGGCAGGUUUGGGAGAUAUCAAAAGUAUCUGCCUGAAUGAGUUGUUUUCUUCAUUCCAGUCCCUUUGCAAGUGACCCCUGCAGCUGACCCAUUCAUUCACCCAACAUCCUUCAUUCAGCAGGAGGUCCUAUUACCCUCUUCCAGCUGCCACUGCCAGAGCCAGACUCCUGUACAGGAGUCCAGGCUAGAGCCACAGGUACUGCUGUGGAGGUGAGUCUGGCUGUAGUUGGAGAACGGAGUGAUUGGCCCCUCCCUGUUGGCCUGCCUUGGGCUGAUUGGUGGGUGAUCUCUGCUGCAUCCAACACAGGGGCAGAGGGAGACUGGCAGUACUAGGGAGAACAUGGUAAGAAGUGGUGCUCACUUUUUCCAUUCCCCCUAACAUGAUUCUACUAUGUUAGAAGUGACAGCCAGUGGUCCCAGCCAGAAAACCAUUGUUUGCAGUGACUGAGCUUGUGUGUGAUGUUCCGCCCGAUCACUGAACCAGACAGCUCAAGCCAAGAUCAUUGCUUUACUUUGUAUUUACUACAGUGUGAAUCAGUUGGUUCCAUUUCAGGUCUCUGCUUAAAUUCCUGGCCCUAAAUGGAAGUGUGCUUGGUUUUAAA